CACCUCCUUCUUCUUCAGUUUAUUCCUCCUGCAACAAUACCACAACCAUAGAGCCUUUCCUGCACUCAACACCACCACCACGUGCCAAAUCCGCGAGCACCACCACCUCCAUGCCUCCUUCACGCAACAACUACCACUGUCCCUGUUCUGUUUUUCUUCUCCAUGAGAGCCACCACCAAAACCCUAGCCGCCACCUUCAAAGCCCGAUCUCCGGCGAACCAUUAAGUUUUUGGAGAAACCGACAUCACCACUGAACUCUCCUCAUCAUCCGCAACAAAACCCCUCCAUCGAUUCAAUGAUCGGCCACCGUGAUUCCGGCGACCGCCGCCGCCGCCGUCUUCUCCGGCGAGUUAUAUUCUGAGAAAGGAGGCCAAUUUCUUGAAGCUUUCGACCUCCUCUUUCCAAAUCAAAAGUCAGAUCAUUGUUUAGAGUUUCAAUGGCUACUGGAGGAAGGGGAGAGCACGACCAGACCAGAGGAAGAGAAGCUCAGUCCCAUGACCAUGAGACUUGAGCUCUUCUCCCCUCUUCAACCUUCGAUCUCUGUCGCUCCCCUUACUUGAACCGUGUACUUGAAAGGUUCCAUCAUCUCCAUCAAAGCUCUUCACAACCCCAUUCUCAGAAUUGAAACCUAGAGUGAGAAUGAAGAACAGAAAGAGGUCUCAUGCUUCUAGUGAGGAUGUCGGGGCUACUGAGGAUAGACACCGGCUGUUACAUGCUUCUAGCCGGCGCGGCGAUCAUGCUGCAACCUCUCAGGCGGUGGAGGCUUCAGCUCCAGUUGUUUCUCCGCCGUCUCCCAUGAUUGAGGUUCCUCUGGUUGAUUAUCCGCCGUCUCCCACGGUUGAGAUACCUACAGUUGAUUCUCCGCCCUCUCCCAUGGUUGAGUCAUCAGGCGAGGAGUCCUCAGGCGAGGAGUCCUCAGGCGAGGAGUCUUCCGGCGAGGAGUCAUCAGGCGAGGCCUCAUCUGGCAUGGGAGGAUCUGACGAGGAUAGUAUUCCUCCGCCUACUGUUGAUGCUGAUGUCCUGCCGCCAGAGCAGGGGGAGCAGGGGGCACAGGGUGGCGAGGAGGACCUGAUCCAGAGGUUGCCGCCGUUUUCGGGGGGGCCUGUUGAGCUAUCGCUCCUCACCCAUUAUGCUGAUCACAAGGCUCCCUGGGCGUGGCAUGCACUCCUACGCACAGACGAGCGGUAUGUGGACCGUCGACAGUUGAAGGUGGCCACAGCUGGGGGGAAGGUUUGGAACCUUGCUUGUGAUGGUGAUUCAGACAGUCACAGGCGGGUUCGAGAGUUGAUUGAGCAGACUGGUCUUCAUCAGCUACCCUAUUGCAGCUACCCGGUGACAGAUGCAGGCCUUAUUUUGGCCCUUGUGGAGCGAUGGCAUGAGGAGACUAGUAGCUUUCACAUGCCGUUCGGGGAGAUGACUAUCACCUUGGACGACGUGUCGGCUCUUCUCCAUCUCCCCAUGGGGUCGAGGUUCUAUACGCUUGGGAGGGGGGAGAGGGACGAGUGUGCAGCGCUCUGUGCUCAGUUGAUGGGAGGAUCUGUUGGUAUUUAUGAGGCUGAGUUUGAUACGAAUAGGUCCCAGACUAUUCGCUUUGGGGUCUUGCAGACCCGGUAUAAGGCUGCGUUGGCGGAGCACCGAUAUGAGGACGCUGCACGGAUUUGGCUGGUGAACCAGCUAGGCGCCACGCUCUUUGCUAGCAAGAGCGGAGGCUACCAUACGACCAUCUACUGGAUAGAGAUGUUGGAGGAUCUUGGUCGAGUGUGCGAGUACGCGUGGGGCGCGAUUGCGCUCGCUACGCUAUACGACCAGCUUAGUCGAGCGUCCAGGAGGGGGACGGCCCAGAUGGGAGGUUUUAGCUCGCUCCUGCUAGGAUGGGUCUACGAGUACCUUUCUGACCGCGUCAUUAUCCGUAGGGCGGAUCCGGAGUACUCGCAGGACCAGCCUAGGGCGCGGCGGUGGGCUAUGUCCCGGGUCGGGCAUGCAGGCCUUGAUGAGAGGCGAGUCAUGCUCGAUGAGCUGACGGUGGAUGACAUUAUAUGGACCCCAUUUGAGGACCAUCGGGCUCAUCGACCACGGGAUCCGAGGGCCAUGUAUUCUGGCUACAUCCGGUCGCCAUUUGGCCGUGUUGUUCGACGGCAUCUACCAGAGAGGGUUCUGCGCCAGUUUGGCUUCAUACAGGAUGUCCCUCGACACCCCUCUGAGAUCCAGACGUCUGGGUCCCUUGCUGAGACCGCAGAUGCUGCCUUUGCUGAGUUUGCGCCGCACCUCCGCCCUCAGGGGAUCCCCGCUACAUAUCCGGGAGAGGCUGUGGAGGAUUACAUGAGGUGGUACAGCGCUGUGUCCCAUCGGUUCAUCAUCCCUGAUGAUAGGAGGGAGGAGUUCAGUGCGGUGACUGUUAUGCGUCGGGUCGUGGACUUGUUGGAGCAGUCACUCGAGGUGCCAGAUGCUCCUGCAGAGGGCACGCAUUCCCGAUCCCUCACUGAGAGGGCGCUGGAUUUUAUUAGAUCCAAUGCCUUCAUUGGUACCCAGGGGGUAGCCUUUGCUGCUGUCCGAGGAGCUAGAGCUGCAGGAGGAGAGGUCGUGGAGACAGAGCGCGUGGAGGCAAAGGCCGUGGAGGCAGAGCCCGUGGAGAGGGUGCUCCUGCAGAGGGUGCUCCUGCAGAGGGUGCGCGUGGAGGCAGAGGCCGUGGAGGCAGAGCCCGUGGACCUAGAGGUCGUAGAGGGGUCGGGGCGAGUGAUUGACUGUAUAUUUGUAUAUUUUUUUUGUAUUUUUAUAUUAUGACAUGUGACUCUUUGUAUUAGGACUCUCUUUAUAUUAAUCAUGCUUUCUAUUUUCACUGAUUA